UGCCGGCAACCCUGAGCUAGUCGUGGGAGUUGAUAAGCUUACCGCCAUGUUUGUUUACGGUGAUCACAAGCAUUCCGUGUGCGCGUGUGUAGUACACGCGUGGAACGCCGUGGAUGUGCUGAUCGACGGACGGCUCCAUCACGGCCGCGUCAUCAACGUGGCGGAGACAGGGCUGAUCAUUGAUUUCCAAUGCCCUGCAGGGCGCUCGCAACUGAUCGAGUACGGGACCAUUUUUCGCUGUGACGACCAGAACGGCCCGCCACACAGCGCGCAGGUCCUGCUGCGCCGUCAUCCCGACGGCGCCUGGAUCUGGUAUCCGGGAAGAGUCGUCCCCGUCGGCAGUUGCUGGCAUGGCGACUAUGAGUUGGUGCAAGUGCAGCGGCACUACGGCACCGUCACCGAGCUGCUCCCCCGGGAGCGGAUACGCGAGACCCCCUCGGAAGCGGAUUUGCGCGAGCGGCGUGUGGAGGUGGGGGAUUUUGUCGUCCGCUCGAGUCCGCUGCCCGUCGCGCAUAUGUUCAGCGCAUCCCUGCCGUUCGGACGGAUCUUCGACGAUGAAUUCAGUCGUCGCCAUAAGGUGUUGUUGACGGCCGUCCUCGGCCGUGAGAUAUUUUAUCUGCAGCGACAAAACAGUUCUCCACUGACCAUCCAGCAGGUGGCGGACAUUUGUCGUACGGCGAGAACGAUCGACCAAUCGCGGCCAACGCUUUCAUCACGAGAGGUUGUCGUUGACACCCGCAUGCGGCUGCCCACUGAGUUGUUGGUGGAGAUCUUCCAGUCGCUGGACUCCAUCCACCGAGUCCGUUGUCGGCGUGUCUGUCUACUGUGGAACAUUCUUCUCACCACGGAAGCACACUUCCCGGAUGUCUGGGUGUCCGGCAGCGACGAAACACACGGCAUGUACGGGGUGGUGGCAUGUUUGCUGAAAUGCCUUACCAGCGCCCCCAAGGUGGUGCUGCUGAGCAGAUUGCCGCUGCAGGACAGCCGACAACUGUCCGCCCCUAUCCGCUACAUCUUGCAACCCCAUCGCCUGCCAGUGCUGGUGUUGUACGACUGCGCUUUCAGCGAAGCGCUGGAUCGUAUCAAGGAGGUGGUAGGUAGCGCGACGGAACUGAACGCGCAUUGUGCACGCGACAAAGUGGUGUGGAAGAAUUAAUGUCGUUUGUCGGAUGGCAGUCUGACAGUGCUGAUACCGCGGCACUCCUUCCGCGUCCAGUCGCGCCUGCAAUUGGAAAAGGAGAUGUGGGAUGUGGUGGAGCGGAAUCUGGUACUGCAGAAGACGCUGGAUCGGCAGGCCGUGGCGGACUGCAUCGCUGCAUGCGUUCUGCGCCUGCAGAGAGAUCGGUAUGAUGAGCAAGCUCAACUGAUUUCAAGAGCUCUUAACCGCUAUCAGAGUGUUGAUCCCCGCGACUCCACCCACUACUGUGGUCGGGGAUGGACGGCGUCCAAUAUCUCCGCUUUGGACGUUAAGCAGCUGACUACACUGACGACGGCGUAUUUAAACGAACACGUUGUCAAGCUGUAAGAGGUGACCUGACCUCU